AUUACCACGAGAAAGUAAAUCAUCAAGGUCGAAUAUUCACAGAGGGAGCAAUCCGCACUGGAGGAUUCUGGAUAGUCGGAGCAAAAAGACUCAUCAAUGGCAUCCUUCACAAGUGCAUCACUUGCCGCAAACAAAGAGGUAAAACAGCUGAACAGAAAAUGGCAGACCUCCCACCUGACCGCAUCAGCAUGGAGCCACCCUUUACUAACGUCGGCUUAGACGUGUUUGGCCCCUGGAAUGUAUCGGCACGCCGUACCCGUGGAGGUCAUGCUUUCAGUAAAAGAUGGGCGGUAAUUUUCACGUUUAUCCAUACGAGCCAUCCAUAUUGAAUUGAUAGAGUCAAUGGACACAUCGAGCUUCAUUAAUGCACUUCGCCGGUUCUUCGCCAUUCGAGGCCCGGCAAAGAUCAUACGAUCUGACUGUGGUACUAAUUUCACAGGAGCAUGCAAAGAGCUGAACAUGCUUGUGGUCUCUACCAAAGAUUCAAGCGUGACAAAAUACCUUAGUGAAGAAGGUUGUAAAUGGAUCUUUAACCCACCUCAUUCGUCUCACAUGGGAGGAGCAUGGGAGAGGAUGAUCGGACUUUCAAGACGGAUUUUAGACUCCAUGCUUCCUCAAAUCAGUUCAUCACAUCUGACUCACGAAAUGCUGUCAACUCUAAUGGCAGAAGUGUGUGCUAUUGUCAAUGCAAGACCUCUCGUAUCCAUUUCUACCGAUCCUGAAUCACCGCUUCUCCUCACCCCAGCAAUGAUCCUCUCCCAAAAGGUGUGUACCCAAUCCGCACCUCCAGGACCCUUUGAAGGUGCUGAUCUGUAUCGCAAACAGUGGAAAAGAGUGCAGUAUCUUGCCAGCAUAUUUUGGGAAAGGUGGAGACGGGAAUACCUUGCAUCCCUUCAGCCCCGUAAGAAAUGGCAAGACAACAAACCUAAUAUCAAGGAAGGAGACCUGGUCCUUCUGAAAGAUAAUCAGGUUAAAAGGAAUGAAUGGCCAAUGGCUUUGGUCACCAAAGCUAUUGUCGACUCAGAUGGCAAAGUCAGAAAACUGGAACUGAAAGUCACUAAGAGUGGUACUGCUAAAACUUUCUUAGGGCCUAUUACAGAGGUUAUCUUGCUUAUGUCUUAAAUUACCUUGUGAAUUCAGAAAUUAAGAGUGGUAUUAUACUUAAAACCAGACGGGGAGUAUUAUGCCAUGUCUAACAUUACUCCUUCCUCCCCUCUGGAGGGCGCUGUUUGUCAUAGGUUAAGCUAAACUCCCGUUUGAUAAAACUUUAUUUGUUAUGCUUUCAAGCACGCAAAGCUCAGCAGCCAUUUUUCCCGUUCUGCGCAGCAGAGAGAUCGCGUGCUCCUUUAAUCUCUUUCUAUUCGUUGAGUAAUGCCCUGGAGAAGCUUUGCUUGUAAGUUUACCAUGUAUAUUUGUUAUUUUAUAUACUUUGUGUUUGGAUCUUGAUAAUAUGUAUAUAUAUUGAAAGCAUGUUAACGGUUUCACGUGCAUUAUGCGCAUAUUCAAAAGAUCGCCAUGUGAUAUAACUACUGUAAUUUAGUGGUGUUAAUGUAAACAUUGCAGAACGAGUUGUGUAUUUUGUUUGUUUAUAUAUAAAGUAAGCAUUUUGUAUUUUUUUUGCAGUUUCACAAAAGAAUGUAACAGAGAUUGAGAAAAACAACAUGAUUGCACUCAACAAAGUCAAGUAAAGGGAAAAUUUACUUAAUCAUCUGAGUCGUCAUUGAAGCCUCCUCAUCUCUUUACAAUGUUUGGCUAUCUGUAUAUGCAUGCUCAAUGCACACGCAUGCAGAGGACAGAAUAAUAGUUAUCAGAACAUGUUGAAGUAGAGUUCUCAUCGCUGAGUUUUUACUUUCACUUUCUGCAGUGAAUAAUUGACUGGGAUUUGAGACAUAAAAUCAAGUAAAUUAUUAAAAAAUAUAUAUUAUUUAUUAUUAAUCAUUUAUUAAUAAUAUUUUAACGCAAAGUAAUAUCCCCCAAAUCGUUUGUCCUGGCGCCGAGACUGGCACAGACCACAACGAAAAUGUUAUAGGGAACACAUUGACGUACCUGUCUGGGACCACUGGCUGGGAUUGUUCAUGUUUACUCUUAGGUGGUGUGCACCUGAAAGGUGAGUUUUUUCGUUUUGUUUGUUAACAUUCUGAUUAUGAGCAGUCCUAUUUGCAGCGCGUUUGUCUAUUUGUAAGUGUUGUGGGCUUUUGCAGCACGUUUCACUAUUUGUAAGUGUUGUGGAAUUUGCAGCGCAUGUGUUGUCAAACUGAUGAAGAUGUUUUCUU